UCCUUUCUGAAUUAACCUCAAUCACCUGAAGCAGACAAGGAUCAAGCAAGAGUAAAAUAAAGCAGAAAGAAACAGAUUUGAUACAUCAGUCAGUCGUCAUAUUUUAUAUUUCCUACAACUAUAUAACAUAUUUAACUAGGAUGGCAAAUUCAACAGAUGGGGAAAGAGAUGUGAAGACAGUUCCCAGAGGUAAACCAAAAUCUGGGAGGAUUUGGAAGAGUGAAAAAACUAAAUUUUCCACAAAUAUCAAAUCGAGGGGUUUGAAAACAUCUUUCGAAAAGAAGGAAAAGUUGAGAAAGGAUCUGCUGGCCAUUAAAGAAUUAUCUAGGUCAAUUAAAGCGGCCAAGGAAGAGGAACUGCAGAAGAAAAAGGAACGAAGGAGAGAAAAUUUGAAGAGACAGGAAGAGAAUAGGAAGAAAUCUGAAGUAGUGCAAGUCAUAACAAACUCCUCUAAAAUAAAAAAAAUGAAGAAGAAGCAUUUGAGACAAAUUGAGAAACGAGAUACCACUAAUUUGUGAGAAAUAUUAAACUAUGUUCCGAAUAAUAACCUGUGAUAUUUUGCACUUGAAAUGACCAAGGUGAAAUUAAUUCUCAUUUCUUGAUAAGUAUUUUUCACUUUGACUGCAGUUUCUAAAUCGCAAUUUUUCUUCAGUACUGAUGACCUAAUAAACAAACACUAAGACGAAA